AUGGCUGAGAACAUUCCUCCAAACCUCCCACCUCCUUCGCUGAUGGUGAGGAAAUUCAUGCGGUGGGACGGGACCAUACCGCCCUUGGUCACCAAAGAGGACCGCCCCUUCAAAGAGAAAUGGUUCUUCUUCUAUGGCACCCUGAUGAAUCCAGAGGCCCUGGCACGGGUUCUUAACCGCUCGGAAAAACCCGAACUUCCCCACGCCAUUGUUUUUGGCCAGAAGAUCUUAUAUUUGGGAGAAUAUCCGGCAGCUGUGCAAGGGGAGGCAGAUCACCCCAUUGAUGGGGUCGUCUGCAUGAUCGAAUCCCAAGAAGAACUCAACCGGCUGGAAGCCUAUGAGACCAAAAUGUACCGAGUCGACGGCUGCACGGCAUGGCUGGAUGAUGACACAGAGAUUUGGGGGUUUCUGUUUGUUUGGGAUGGCGACAUGUCGCUUCUGAGAGAGAGUCCAGUGAAGGUUUAA